AUCUCGCACUCUCACAUUCCUCCGAUCUCCCAAGACCUCCUCUGACCCGAGAAGCUACUCGUAGCGCAGCCGUGGCCAUGGACUCCACAGGCGCCGGAGCGGGAGGGAAGGUGAAGAAGGGAGCGGGCGGGCGCAAGGCCGGCGGCGGGCCGAGGAAGAAGUCGGUGUCGAGGUCCGUUAAGGCCGGGCUCCAGUUCCCCGUCGGCCGCAUCGGGCGCUACCUUAAGAAGGGCCGGUACGCGCAGCGCGUCGGCACCGGCGCUCCCGUCUACCUCGCCGCCGUCCUCGAGUACCUCGCCGCUGAGGUUCUGGAGCUCGCCGGGAACGCCGCCAGGGACAACAAGAAGACGCGCAUCAUCCCCCGCCACGUGCUGCUCGCGAUCCGCAACGACGAGGAGCUCGGGAAGCUGCUGUCCGGUGUCACCAUCGCCCACGGCGGUGUGUUGCCCAACAUCAACCCGGUUCUGCUGCCCAAGAAGACGGCGGAGAAGGCGUCCAGCGGCGGGAGCAAGGAGCCCAAGUCGCCCAAGAAGGCCGCCAAGUCCCCCAAGAAGGCAUAGAUUGUCCAGACAGCUUAGCACUACCUUGUUACCAGUGAUGCGUUAAGUUGUAGAUGGGAUGAAUGUGGUUGGAUGUGUACCUGUGUUUGCAAGUUCUGAUUUAUAAUGGAAAGAAAUGCCGUGUUUCUUAA